AUGUCGUUGAGUGCAUCACGACUUGUUCAAGCAGCAUGUGGUAGUCGUGUUGUUGUUCGGACAAUGUACCGUAACCCCUAUAUUUCUCGAUUCAAGGACAGAAGUAAAGUCUCACCGAAUUUCUACAAGAAGACAACCGGCCUCACCGGACUUUUCGUGAAUGAACAUCCUCAUCGUACUCUCAAUGUGAUAUAUUGCCGAAUCCUGAAGGCCUUGGAACAGAUCCCAGCUUCGUCUGCUUAUAGGAAAUACACGGAAGCGAUAGUGAAGCAACGUCUUGCACUAGUUCAGUCCGAGGAUAGCAUUCCAGCUUUAGAGGAGAAGAUAGGAAUGGGUCAAAUUGAGGAAGUCAUUGAGCAGGCUGAAUACGAGCUAGAAGCCGCAAGAGCCAUUAUAGAAUCGAAAGCAUGGGAACCUCUUGUCGAAGCUCCACCGAAGGGCCAGUGGGAUUGGCCAAUCGCGUAA